AUGGAUCACAUCGUCGGCGGCAAGUUCAAGCUCGGCAAGAAGAUCGGGAGCGGAUCCUUCGGGGAGCUCUUCCUCGCUGUGAAUGUGCAGACAGGAGAGGAGGUCGCCGUCAAACUGGAAAAUGUCAAGACCAAGCACCCGCAGCUCCAUUACGAGUCCAAGCUCUACAUGCUUCUCCAGGGAGGAACUGGCAUUCCGCACCUCAAGUGGUUCGGUGUGGAGGGGGAGUAUAAUGUGAUGGUGAUUGAUCUUCUCGGGCCCAGCCUCGAGGACCUCUUCAACUACUGCAGUAGGAAGUUCUCGCUCAAGACCGUGCUCAUGCUUGCUGAUCAGAUGAUUAAUCGAGUUGAGUACAUGCAUCAAAAGGGAUUUCUUCAUCGUGACAUAAAACCUGAUAAUUUCCUUAUGGGCCUCGGAAGGAAAGCCAAUCAGGUAUAUAUAAUAGAUUAUGGACUUGCAAAGAAAUUCAGAGACCUUCAGACUCAUAAGCACAUCCCCUACAGGGAGAACAAGAAUCUCACUGGAACUGCACGCUAUGCUAGUGUCAAUACCCACCUUGGCGUUGAGCAAAGCAGGAGAGAUGAUUUAGAAUCACUUGGUUAUGUACUUAUGUACUUCCUCAGAGGCAGCCUGCCAUGGCAGGGGCUGAAAGCAGGCACUAAGAAGCAGAAAUAUGACAAAAUUAGUGAGAAGAAGAUGCUUACUCCUGUGGAGGUACUCUGCAAGUCUUACCCUUCAGAAUUCAUUUCUUACUUCCACUACUGUCGAUCAUUGCGGUUUGAAGACAAGCCAGAUUAUUCUUACCUAAAGAGACUAUUCCGUGAUCUCUUCAUCCGGGAAGGAUACCAAUUCGAUUAUGUGUUUGACUGGACCAUUUUGAAAUAUCCCCAGAUAGGCUCCAAUCCAAGGAUGAGGCCAAGUGAAAGAGUCAGUGGAGCUGCUGGACCUUCUAUCGAGAAGAUAGAGAAGGCCCCAGCAUCUUGUGUCACAGGCGAAGCAUCUGCUCGGAGGAAUCCCAGUGCUUCUCUGAAUCAGAGUGACAACCAUGCAACCCGACCACGGGAAACUGUAUCGAUGUCAUUAAAGGAGAUUAUGCAUAGCACAGACCGGUCCGGCGAAAGGACCAUGGAGAGGACCGUGGAGAGACCUCGUACAUCCUCCCGCACAGGCAGUGCAUCGAGGAGAGCAGUUGCAUCAAGCAGCAGGCCAGGCUCAUCCAUGGAACCGAGCGAGCAGCAGUACAGCCGGACGAGCAGGUUGUUCUCCAGCAGCAAUAACGGUGGCAGCCGCCCGUCCAGCACCCAGAGAGUCAAUCCUGGGGUGAGCGAGUCAAGGGCCACGUCCCUCUCACGGGCGGCGGUCGCAAGAGGGUCGCGUGACGAGCCCCUCCACCGCAGCCUCGAGCUCCUGUCCCUCGGCACCGGCAAGAGGAAAUAA